CGCUCAAUACUAUCCUACCAGCAUCUCACAGCCAUGUCCGAUUCCCCCGCUUCAUCCUCCUCUGACUCCCCGAGGAUUAUUAAAGUCACUGUGAAGACCCCCAAGGAGAAAGAGGAGUUCGCGGUGCCGGAGAACAGCAGCGUCAGUGAGUUUAAGGAGGACAUAUCAAAGCGAUUCAAAUCCAGCACGGACCAGCUUGUGUUGAUAUUUGCUGGAAAGAUCUUAAAGGACCAAGACACACUCAGUCAGCAUGGUAUCCAUGACGGACUCACUGUUCAUCUUGUCGUUAAAACGCAGAACAGGUCACAAGCUGCUCCUGCUGCUGCUGCCACCACCACUACUCAGCCCAAUAGCCCCAGCAGUCCAGCAUCCACUUCUACAACUUCCAACAGCACAUCUACCAGCUCAUCCACCACAAAUACUCCAUUUGGUUUAGGGGGCCUUGGUGGUCUGGCUGGGCUCAGCGGUUUGGGCAUGAAUUCAUCAAACUUCUCUGAGCUACAGAGCCAGAUGCAGAGACAACUUAUGUCCAAUCCAGAGAUGAUGGUUCAGAUCAUGGAAAACCCAUUUGUACAGAGCAUGCUGUCUAACCCUGACUUGAUGCGUCAACUAAUUAUGGCCAAUCCACAAAUGCAGCAAUUAAUCCAGAGAAAUCCUGAGAUCAGUCACAUGCUUAAUAAUCCUGACAUAAUGCGACAAACGUUAGAACUGGCUCGGAAUCCAGCAAUGAUGCAAGAGAUGAUGAGGAAUCAAGACCGAGCCUUGAGCAAUCUGGAAAGUAUCCCUGGAGGCUACAAUGCUCUGCGCAGAAUGUACACAGACAUUCAAGAGCCGAUGCUAAAUGCUGCUCAAGAACAGUUUGGUGGCAACCCAUUUGCUUCACUAAUGAGCAACGUGGCAAAUUUUGGAAAUCCCCCAUCAAGGACAGAAAACCGGGAUCCUUUACCCAACCCCUGGGCUCCUCAGUCAGAUUCAUCUUCAUCAGGAGGUGGAGGCAGCCAAACAGGCACCAACAGUGGGGGCAGCACCAGCUCAACGCCAGGCCCCACUUUACCUAACCUCUCUUCAGGUCUGGGAGCUGGGAUGUUCAAUACACCUGGUAUGCAGAGCAUGAUGCAGCAAAUAACUGAAAAUCCCCAGUUAAUGCAAAAUAUGUUAUCUGCUCCUUACAUGAGAAACAUGAUGCAGUCUCUCAGCCAGAAUCCGGAACUUGCAGCCCAGAUGAUGCAAAACAAUCCCCUCUUUGCUGGAAAUCCUCAACUUCAAGAUCAAAUGAGACAGCAGAUGCCAAUUUUCCUACAACAGAUGCAGAAUCCAGAAACUCUGUCAGCUAUGUCUAACCCCAGAGCAAUGCAAGCCUUAUUACAGAUCCAGCAGGGAUUGCAGACUUUGGCCACUGAAGCUCCCUCCCUAGUUCCAGGCACUACUCCAUUUGGAGGUUUAGGUGGUACAGCCAGCCCACCUUCCACAACUGUGCCCACCCCUGGGCCAACUGAGACUACCACUCCUUUGUCUGGAAUCUCUGAGCCAGGGCACCAGCAGUUUAUACAGCAGAUGUUGCAAGCCUUGUCUGGUGCUAAUCCACAGGGCCAGAAUCCAGAAGCCAGAUUCCAGCAGCAGCUGGAGCAGCUCAGUGCAAUGGGUUUCCUAAACAGAGAAGCAAAUGUACAAGCUUUAAUAGCAACUGGAGGAGACAUCAAUGCAGCUAUCGAACGACUACUGGGAUCCCAACCUUCAUAGCAAUCGUUCCCAAUCCAGAAAAAAAAAAGUGUAAUUUAUUUUUGAUAAUGGCUUUUAAGUCUCGAUAAAACACCUGCUUUAUUUCAGUUUGACUCCUGGAGUUCCUUGUCAUAACAAACUAAACCUGAAGCAUUUAAAUCUGGAUGAAGUGCAGUGGUUUAUCUGAAACUGUGGGAAUCAAAGCUUUUUCUUUUUUCUUUGGACUUGUUGCAUGUAGUACAGACCAUCUACUCCCCACACACUGCGUUGCUUGUGAUUUUUUUUUUUUCCAAUGAAUAGCUUCUGCAGUUGGCUAACAGGUUUCAGCGAACCUUUUUAUCCGUCAAAGGGUAUUUGCUUAAAUCAAUAGCCUCUGUUAGUAAUUGAUGUAUUCUACAGACAAACAACACCGGAAGUCAAAUAGAUAAGGUUAUAAUUAGUGAUACACUAUCGCUUUUUGUGACUUUAGCUUGUAUUUUUGCUAGCAUAUUGCUGUAAGAUUCAUACUGCUUGAUUUCCUUUAGCCUUAUGUUUUUCCCUUGUGAUCACCUAUGUAAACAAGUAUCAUUUUGCGGCAGUCCAUUGACGGUAGUUCUAGCUGCACACCCACAGAAUAAGAAACUUGGUAUUUAGGUAAAUGUGGAGUAAUGGCCUUUA